AUGAGCCGCCGCCUUCUCGCCGUCGGAUUUCUGUUGGCUUUUGCCCAAGCGUCUCCAGAUGAGCACACGGAAGCGUGUACGAAGGCGUUACAAGAGUGCGAAAACGACUUGGAAUGUCAGAAUCGAUUGGCUCCUCUCAUGUCGGCUUGGUAGCUUUUUUUUCAUUUUGAGAAAAAUUUGUAGAUGUUGAGAAGCUCUAUUGAUUCAUGUAAAAUAGAAGGUUUUAGGCUGAAAAAUGAAAAUGAAAGAAGCAAGUUUUUCUAAUGAAGAUGGUGAAGAUAGAUCAUUAAAAAAAAACGACUAGCAUGCUCCCCUAGAGGGGAACCUUCAAAAACCCCUAAAGGGACCACUGUACCUCUCCUAAGUGUCUGAAUCCAAUUCCUACUGAAACAUUCUCAUCUGAAGUAAGCUCCUUGUUUCCUAGAAAUAUGCAAAAAGAACCUUGAAAAACGAUUUUCCAGUUUUGCGCGGCUGGGAUUUGAAAGAAAGACGCCCCAAAAUACCAUAUAAGUCGGUGCAAAUUGCGGCCUUGAGGGACUAUUUUUGCGAGUUUUCUAAGGUUUUUGUUAUGAAUUCUUUAGAAUGGAGCAAAUUUUUGUAGGUUUUGAGGCUUAUGGUUUGGAGGGUCAAGGGUUCAACUCCUACCGAGGGGGUUUCGUUUUUUGCCAUUUUGAAUUUUUGUGACCAGCUAUUGGUUUUGAAGGCCUAAGACGUUCAAAAUGUUGAAAAAGUUUUUUGAACGGUUUAAAAAUGAAAUGUUCUUCAAAUUUGAUUUUUCAAGUUUUGAACUAUGGUCUGGAAGUUCGUGGGUUCGAUUCCUUUCGGAAAACCUUUUUUCGCCAUUUUUAGGUGGGUUAUUUUGAAAGUUUGAGGCAUUUUAGAAGCAGCUUCAUCAAGGGUCUUAAAACAAUAUGUAUUCCAUAGUCAAGUGGUAGAUCCGCAAAACAUUGCUCAAAAGGUCGCUGGUUCGACUCCUCUUAAAGAAAUUUUUUCAAUAUUUUUUUUUCAAAACAUUCUUUUCAAUUUUUGAUGAACCCCUGUCAAAUAAAUACAAUAUGAUCAAGUCGUAGUUGCUCAAACUUUGACUCAAAAUAACACUAUUUCAAUUUUUUUUUUUCUCAUGCUAUUUCUCAACACCUGUCUUGCCAGACGAGCUCAAGAAAAAAAAAAGAGUCGAACACUUUGUUUUCCAAUUUUUCCCAUUCACUUUCCGCCCGUGUUCAGCAGCUUUUGUUUCGACGAAAAUGCCCAAAAAUAGCGUCGAAACCAAAUAAAAAUGGCGGCCAGCAGCAGCCGCGCAAACAUUUCCUGUCCGCUUGAGCCGAGGAACGGUUUUGGCGUUUCGAAAUAUUUCAAAACAGGCAAAAAUUGGAGGGUUUGGACGAACUUGUCACCUUGGCCGAAUGGUAGUGUACUAAAUUGAUGUCCAAAGAGUCACAGGUUCGAGUCCUCUCCGUGGAAAUAUUUUUCGCCAUUUUUUUCUCGAGUUAUUCUAGUAUAUAUAUUAUCUGAAAAAUGACGAUUUUUCCUAAUUUUUUUUCAAAGCUUAAAAAGAGCUGUGCUGUGCUGUCGCUCCAGAGGUCGCAGGUUCGAGUCCUGCUCGUGCAAACCUUUUUUUUGCCAUUAUUCCUCAAGAUAUUCUUGUAUAUAUUCUCUUAAGAGUGACGAUUUUUUCAUAAAUCGUUUACAUUUAAAUUAUUGAAAAAGGUGUGCUGAUUUAUCGCUCCAGAGGUCACAGGUUCGAGUCCUACUCAAGCAAUUUUUAUUUUUGCUACUUUCGAUAAUCCACUUUUUCCAUCCGAAAGUAAUGAAUUUUCAUAAGUCAGUUGAACUCGAAGUUUCGAAAAGUUGUGAAAUAGGUGCUCGCUCCAGAGGUCACAGGUUCGAGACCUGUCCGUCCCAACUUUUUUGCAAUUUUUUUUCAACUCAUUUUUCACUUUUUCUUUCCAAAAGUGACCAUUUUUCAUAAAUCUUUGCAAUUGAAAGUUGAAAAAGAGCGCUGAAGUGCCCUCUCGACGGACGGAACGUCGUGAGAAACGCCGUUAAGAGGCGCCGUACUUGAAAAUGUCGUUAUCACGUCGGCGAGAGGGAAAGCUUCGAGCUUGACCUUAUUAUCAAUUGGUCACGUUUUGAUGGAAAUUUUGAGCUGCAAGGAAUUUUUAGCUGAAAGGAUAGGUAGGAGAUUGAACCGGGGACCUUUUGAGCGAGAAAAUAAUUUCUACCGAUGAGCUAGUAUUCUGAUAAAAGCUGCCCAUGAAUUUAAAAAAAAAGGAUUUUUUUUGGCUUCCACGAUGAAAGAGAAAAUUGGCAAAAAUUUGGAUCCUUUGUUGGGAUCCGAACCUGUAACCUUUUGAGCGGGAGAAUAAUUCUUACCAAUGAGCUAGUAUUUAGUUAAAAGCUGCCCAUGAAUUUAAAAAAAAAGGAUUUUUUUGGCUUCCACGAUGAAAGAGAAAAUUGGCAAAAAUUUGGAUCCUUUGUUGGGAUCCGAACCUGUAACCUUUUGAGCGGGAGAAUAAUUCUUACCAAUGAGCUAGUAUUUAGUUAAAAGCUGCGCUUGAAUUUUAAAAAAAAGGACUUUUUUGGCUUCCACGAUGAAAGAGAAAAUUGGCAAAAAUUUGGAUCCUUUGUUGGGAUCCGAACCUGUGACCUUUCGAGCCAAGGGCAAGCAUUCUACCACUGAGCCAGCAUUUUGAUAAUUAUCUUUCUGCGUUCAAAAAUUCUUCGUCCGCAAGUUUAUCAGUUUUAUAGCCCAUAAACUGUAUCUCUCAUGGAAUUUCUGGAUUUAGCGCCCCUUGUGGAGGGAAUAAAUCAACUUUUAUGGACUUUUCCUUUCUUGGUCAGAUCUUUCUCUAUCUUUGGGAUGGAUCUGGGCGAGAAUCAAGUUUGAUCUUGUGGGGAAAACGGCGAGAAUCACUUCUAGAACUGAAUUUUUAAUCAUUAUUUGAAUUUCAGUACAACGGGAACAUGCCAAAUGCAGUGCCGAAGCGCCGUCUUGAACGUCUACCAGAAUAAACUCGGCAGGGCUCUUUUAAGGUAACUUCUUGAUGAUUUAAUGACGUCAUAGUUUGCUAAUUAUUACGUCAUAGUUUGCUAAUAAGGACGUCAAAGCUUGAGAUAAACCAAAAGAUUGUAAUUUCAAAAUCUUGUGUUUACUUAUUUUCGGGAUUUCAAAGAAGUCGUGACGUCAAAAUUUCACAGUUAUGACGUCAUAAAAAGAGUCAUAAAUCAUUUAAAAUGACGUCACGAAAAUUUUUCCAUUUUUUUUUUUGGACUUUUUGAGAACAAAAAUUUUCUUUUUUUUUGUUUGAACUCAAAGCUUUAAUGAUUUCAUAACUCAGAAAUUAUGACGUCAUCGAAUUUUUUUUACGCUCAAAAACACUCAGUCUAGAACUGAAGCACCAGACUUCCUUAACGGGUGCGAUGACGUCAUUUUCUUGAUCGGCAACCGGACCACCGUGUUUUUUUUUUUUUUGCGUUAGAGCAAAUUUGAGCUACUAUGACUCAGUGGGGUCCUGGAAAAUUAAGUAAACAAAUAGGGAACAGGAGCUUUUUUCGGACCUUAAGCUGGAGUGUAAGCAUUUGGCGGUGUGAGAGAACUUCUUGAGCUUUUUUUUCCUAGAGAAUGGCUCGACGCGUUGCGGUCGCGCUGCGGUUUGAACUUCUUCAUGACGUCAUUUUCAGAUCCGACGCUACCUGUAUUCCGGGCCGAGAAGAGCUUCGCACCUGUAAUUUCCUGCCAGCCGAACCGACAGUCCACUGCAGCCUGGCCAAGCUUGCCUGUGAGGCUGACCUUCAGGUUGGUCCAGCUCUUGAUGACGUCACUUAGAAGGUAGUGAAGCUUGAUAACGUCACUUAAGAGGUGGUGAAGCUUGAUGACGUCACUUAGGAGGUGGUGAAGCUUGAUGACGUCACUUAGGAGGUGGUGAAGCUUGAUGACGUCACUUAGGAGGUGGUGAAGCUUGAUGACGUCACUUAGGAGGUGGUGAAGCUUGAUUACGUCACUUAAAGGGUGGUGAAACUUGAUGACGUCGCUUAGGAGGUAGUGAAGCUUGAUGACGUCACUUAGGAGGUAGUGAAGCUUGAUGACGUCACUUAGGAGGUAGUGAAGCUUGAUGACGUCUUAAUAUAGCUCCCACCUGAUGACGACACACUAAAGUAGAGAAGCUUGAUGACGUCGUUUACUAGUUAUCUUAAAAAGCUGAUUCAGGACUGUCUUGAGUGGAAAAGGUCUUGAUACGAUUUUUAAAAAAGGUAGUGCCUGGUUAAUGAUUAGGCCCCGCCCCCUAGGAUCCCAAGCUCUCACCAAAAUUGAGUCGUUUCUUAGAUCAUUUUGUGAAUGUUGAAUUCCUUGACCAUUCUAAAGUAAGACAAGCCGAUUUCUGCACCGGAAAGUAACCUGAUACGGCGACAGGAAACAAAAGACGUUCCGACCUGAUCUCAACCCAAAUAAGGACCUUCAUGCCAUCCGAUAUGCGUGACUCUUGCUCAGGAGAGGACAAUCAGAGAUUUUUAGGUUCAGAUAGGGCAGAUUAACGCAUAAAAUCAUUAAUUUACCUUGAAGUCCGAGAGUCAAAGAUCUUCUGAGUAUACUGUAAUAAAUGAAAAUUUCCAGUGCAACGCCAAGUGGGGCGUGUUCAUCUCCGAAUGCGAGUCGGAGGCGUCCAAGGGCGAGUGCUCGGAGAAAUGCCGCGGACUCUUGCGGCAGACGACGGCGACCUCGUUCGGCUCGCCGUUCAGCAACUGCACGUGCACGGAACGCGACGACGAGCUCUGCCAGAGCCUCAGAGACAACAUGCUCGGCGCCUGUCUCAAGGUAAGCGCGAAGUCGCUUCUGGUCGGGCGCAGAAUUUUGGAUCUUGAUUCACAAAGCUCAUGUGUAAACUUUGCUGAUAAGAAGCUUUUGAAGUUCGCUCCUUUGAGAAAAUUUUUUGAAUGGCUGGCCACGCCCCUUUUUAUCAUUUUUCAUAUGUACUAAGGAAGCGAUACUUUAGAAGAAAUCUCUGGGGAAUUAUGAAUUAUCUUUUUUCAACACGUUUACCUGUAAAAAACUCGGAAAUAAAUAUGACGUCAUUCCAGGAAUCAUCUGGCAGCGUGCCAGCCCCUGGCGACAACUCUGUGACGGAAUCCCCCAUCGACGACCAGGAACCCUCGAAAUCCGCUCUGCAAACCUUCCCUCUCCUCCUUUUGUGCACUCUUUUCGUCAUCCGAUUGUUCUUUGUCUAA